AUGGAAUUGUCUAAAGAUGUUUUGGAAGACUUGACCUAUCUCCAGAAGCAAAUGAGAUUGACUAUAAAAUAUCAUCAGCAACUUUCAGAAAUUCUGUCAUCGAAAGUUAAAGGAGGUGUGAAUUAUUCUGCAGUUAGUCAAAAAAGAACAAAUCAAAUAAGAAACUUAAUGGAAUUCUUGGAAGGAGAAAUGGAAGAAAUCACUCAGGAGCAAAUUAAAAUAAUUCUCUUUUUUUAA